AUGAGUUUUACCUUUGAGAUAGAUAACUUCUCCGAGAAGGAAGCUGUGAUAGAAUCACCAAAAUUCUCAAGCGGCGCCUGCGACUGGUGUCUUGAGGUUUUUCCCAAAGGAUAUAUUAUUGAUGAUCACUUGUCUCUCUACGUCUUUGUUGCGAAUCCUGAAUCAUUACGAUAUGGAUGGGAGAGACGAGCUACUUAUUCCUUCGCGCUGUUGAAUGAAUCAGGCAAAGAGCUCUUCAAAACAAAGGAAUCAUGCAAAUUGUUCUGCGAUGAGUUCCCAGGAUGGGGUUGGACAAAAGCCGUGCCUCUUAAAAAGCUUCACAAGUUUAUGGAGAAGAACAAACUGAUCGUUAAAGUCAAAGUUAAAGUAGUUGAAGUUGUUGAUCAAAGAGAUGUCACUGGGGAUGAGAUGUUUGAUAUCAGAGGUUUCCAAGUCCCUUAUCCUCAGAUUAUUCCGGUGGGUAGGCUUUUAAUUGAACAACCGGAGAUUGCUAAAGAAUUCAGACUAAAGAACCAACUGGUAAAGACAACAUACAUGAACAUCCUUCUCGGUCUCAUAGAGACAAUGGAAAAGCCUCCACAUAGCAUCAAGGAAACUGAGCUAAGCAAAGCUCGCAGCGAGCUGAUGGAGCUGACGGAAGCAGGAUUCAAGGUUGACUGGUUGAAGACAAAGCUUGAUGAGGUUUCCUUGGAGAGGAAGAAAGAAAAUACACGAGUCCAAGAACUGGAGAAACUCAUGAAGAAUCUCACAAUUGAACUGAACGAGGAGAAGUUCAAAGCUGAUACUUCUGCUGCUAAUGUUCUCUCGUUGGAGCAGACGGUGUCGGAACUUGAAGAUGAGUUGGCGGAACGUGAAGAUGAGGUAUCGGAUCUUAACGUUAAGCUGAACAAGGAGAUGAGGAUAAGUGAUACUUAUGCUGCUAAUGUUCUGUCCCUUAAAGCUGAACUGAAGAAGGAGAAGGCCAAGUCUGCUACUUGGGUUGCUAAAGCUAUGUCGUUGGAUCAGAUGGUGUCGGCUCUUCAAGACGAGCUGAAGAAGGAGAAGCACGUAUCCGAUACUUCUGCUGGUAAGGUUUGGUCGUUGGAACAGAAAGUGUCGGAUCUUGAAGAUGAUCUGAAGAAGGAGAAGCAUGGAUCUGAUACUUCUGCUGCUAAAGUUGUGUUGUUGGAACAGAGAGUGUCGGAUCUUAAAGUUGAGGUGUCGGAGCUUGAAGAUGAGGUUUCGGAGCUUGAAGAUAAGGUGUCGGGUCUUAACAAUGAGCUGAACAAAGAGAAGCAGACAGUGUUGAAUCUCAGAGCUGAGCUGAAGAAGGAAAAGGCUCCUGCUUGCUCUUGGGAACUAUUGGAUUACGAUAAUAGUGAAAACUAG